AAUUUUGUUGGUUUAUUUUUAGCACCUUUACGAAUGUACCAAACAUGUCUCGGGCGUCUCAACCGGUGAAAGAAAAUAAGGUCUUAAAAGGUUCGGAGGCCAUAAUGAUACCGACGAAGAGCGGAAAGAAGUUCCUGCUGAUGCUGGACGGGUACACGUACUCCCAGAUCAACUAUAGCCCCCACUGGUUCUGCUCAUCCAAGAUGGCGGGGUGCGGCGCGCGCGUCCGCCGCGUCAGCGACGGUCAGGUCAUGCGCGUCAACACCAACCACACCCAUCCGCCACCCAAGUACGUGGUGAAGAAUGGGAUGUACAUCAAGAUAUAAGCAUCUUUAGGUAUAAGUGCUUUCUGCAGUGGAUGGUAUAAACUGUGAGCGAGUGUUCGGCAGACUAACUUCCGCACUCA